AUGAAAGACAAAUCGCCAGGCAGCGCCGCAGCAAGCGUCCAGAUUGCUGAACGCCCCGACAAUGUGAACCUUUCCGACAAGGCCGGCUCAGUUGAGAAUGCGGGCUGGAGCGAGGCAGACACAAAGAAGUUGAUCCGCAAGAUUGACUGGGUCAUCAUACCUUUUGUGGCUCUGCUCUAUCUCCUGUCCUUCCUCGACCGCACCAACAUUGGCAACGCUCGACUCGACACGCUCGAGGCCGACCUUGGCAUGUCGGGCCUCAUGUACAACAAUGCCCUGGCCGUCUUCUUCCCUUUCUACGUUGUGGCCGAGAUCCCAUCCAACAUGGCCAUGAAGAGGUUCAGGCCAUGGAUCUGGAUCCCCUCGAUGAUGGUUGCGUGGGGCAUUUGCUGCACCCUGAUGGGAAUUGUUCAGAGCUACCCGGGUCUGCUCGUUGCACGAAGCUUCCUCGGUCUGACUGAAGGUGGCUUGUUUCCUGGAAUUGCCUACUACAUCACAAUGUGGUAUCGACGCCACGAAUGCGGCUUCCGCAUGGCAAUCUUCUUCUCUGCAGCCACAGCUGCAGGUGCGUUUGGCGGUCUGCUAGCUCGCGGCAUCAUGGAGAUGCGUGGUGUCGCAGGGCUCUCUGGCUGGCAGUGGAUCUUCAUCCUAGAGGGACUUCUCACAGUUCUGGUUGCCCUGGCUUCUUUCAAGUUCAUGGCCGACUACCCCGAACGAGCAAAGUUCAUAACCGAGGAAGAGCGAAAGCACAUCCAGGAACGCCUGAGGCUUGACCGAUCGUCACUAGCGGAUGAGUUUGACACAAAGUAUGUCUGGGACGCUCUCCGUGAUUGGAAGAUCUGGAUCCACAUGUUCAUGGCCACUGGAACCUUUACUGGAGUCUACUCUUACUCUUUGUUCCUGCCGACAAUCGUUCGCGAUCUUGGAUAUUCCAACACGACAGCUCAGCUUAUGAGCACUCCUCCAUACAUCGUGGCAUGCGCUGUCUGUGUUGGAGCUGGUUGGUGGGCCGACAAGGUGCAGCAACGAGGCAUCUUCAUGAUUGUCUUUAUUGCUAUGGCCGGAGUUGGGCUUAUUUUACUCAUGGCGGUCCAACACGCCGGAGUCCGAUACUUUGGCUGCUUUCUUCUCGCCUCGGGUCUUUUCCCCAGCGUGCCUCAGGGAAUUGCCUGGAACAGCAACAACAUCGGCGGUGCCCUCAAGCGAGGUGUUGGAAUCGCCAUGAACGUGAGCUGUGGUAACCUCGGAGGUGUUGUUGCAGCAUACCUGUUCCUGAAGAAGGAUGCUCCGAGAUACUUCCCCGGCUUCGGCACGCUCCUGGGCUGCCAGACCAUGGCGUUCAUCCUGGCUGUGGGCAUGACCAUCCACUUGCGCCGCGAGAAUGCUCGGCGAGAUGCAUCGUACAAGCCACCGAGUGAGUACACUGAGGAGGAGAAGAAUGCUGAGCGGGAGAGGGGCGAUGAUGCAAGCUUUUUCCGGUAUACGAUUUAA